GGGGGGAGACUUUUACUUUGAAAUCGAAUGUAACGGUGCAGCUCGAUGGAGGGCGCUUUAUCUCCCGUAUUUAAACACCAAAUAGGCUUCAGCACUGCGAGUGUGUGGACUGCUGAGAUUUAUACUGCUGACUACUGAAACACUGCAGCAUGGCGGCCGAGCUCUCCACCUCGAUAAACAUCAAAGAGCCUCGCUGGGAUCAGGGGACGUUCGUGGGCAGAGCCAAACAUUUCUUCACCGUCACAGACCCACGCAACGUUCUGCUGUCUAACGAGCAGCUCGACAAAGCACGCAGGAUCAUACAGGAUUACAGACAGGGAGUGGUGACUCCAGGUCUGACAGAAGAUGAGCUCUGGAGGGCCAAAUACGUUUUUGACUCUGCGUUCCAUCCAGACACGGGUGAGAAGAUGCUGCUUAUCGGCCGCAUGUCCGCUCAGGUGCCCAUGAAUAUGACCAUCACCGGCUGCAUGAUGACCUUCUAUAGGACAACCCCAGCAGUUCUGUUCUGGCAGUGGAUCAAUCAGUCCUUCAAUGCAAUAGUCAACUACACCAACCGCAGUGGUGAUGCUCCCAUUACAGUAAAUCAGCUCGGCACGGCGUACGUCUCAGCCACGACGGGAGCGGUGGCCACGGCUUUAGGACUCAACUCGCUCGCAAAGCACAUCUCUCCACUUGUAGGACGCUUUGUGCCAUUUGCUGCUGUAGCUGCUGCUAACUGUAUCAACAUUCCAUUGAUGAGGCAGAGAGAGCUGAAGCACGGCAUUCCAGUCAUGGAUGAGAACGGGAAUCGGUUAGGGGAGUCCUCAAAAGCGGCGCAGCAGGCAAUCUCACAAGUCGUGAUCUCCAGAAUCCUCAUGGCCUCUCCUGGAAUGGCAAUUCCACCAUUUUUAAUGAACUCCCUUGAACAGAAAGCAUUCCUGAAGAGGUUCCCGUGGAUGAGUGCACCCAUUCAGGUUGGCCUGGUGGGGUUCUGCUUGGUGUUUGCCACUCCACUGUGCUGCGCCCUGUUCCCACAGAAGAGCUCGAUGGCCGUGAGCCGUCUGGAACCCGAGAUACAGGAGAAGAUCCGCUCAAGUCACCCGGGAGUGGAGAGAGUUUACUUCAACAAAGGAUUAUGAGAAGGAAAAACUCGUCUCCUCGCGACACAGCCAUAAACUCCCCGCUCAUCUCAUCGUGUUUUUACAACGUGCCAAAGUUCCGUUCCUCCGUCUCUCCUCAAGGACGUCCCGACUCAGCUGUUUUGUAAGAUGUCAUUCCUAGUGACGGUAUUUAAUCAGGAGAAUAUUUUGGAUGGUGCAGGUCUGUGCUAGUGUACUUAAGUUAGAAAAGACUCUUUGUCUGAAAUGGUGCUCUUUCUGAUUGGCUUUUUUUUUCCAAAUGUAUUUUUAUUUAGUAUUUGUUGAUUACAGUGCAGUAUAUAUGUACUUGGAUAUUUAGAUUUUUUAGUCUCUUAGUCUCCACUUUACAGCAGAUUGGAUUGGAAUUGAACCAUCAUGAUCCAUGCUAGCUUUAAAAAAAAACACAAAAAAAACAAGCUUCAGCAUUUUUUAAACGCCAUUUCUGGGACCAAAAACGACUUUUACAUAAUCUGUCAAAUGGAAACGUUACGUUUAGUACUUUAGAUACAUUCGAUGACUGUGCUGGAAUUAAGUUUAACGCCAAACCAAACCAUCUCCAUGUGCCAUGUGUAAUAAGGAACAAAUGUCUUGGUGUAUUUUCUGUUUGUGUUUUUAUUGCAUUGUUGUAAUUAGUAAUCGAUGUAAUUAGGACUCGGUAUCUGAAUGAAAGCUGCUUUUGAUUUUAAAUUGCCAAAAAAAUUUAAACGAAUUGAAAGUUUACUUUAAAAGGUACACUAAGUAGAAUUUUCCAUCGAUGUUCACAAUAUUUAGAAAAAUAAAUAUGUACAUUAAAUAUUUACUUUGUCACACGGUUAUGGAACUCCUAAAAGGGCAUGGUGUAAAUGAAAUUAUUAUUUUUUUCUUUAGGUUAAUUUUUUGGUACGUGGUGCACAGCAGAUUUUUAACGAAAUAAAAAUAUACUGUGUCCUUUCACUCGGUAGUCAGUUAAAUAAAAUAUUAUUAUUUAGGUCAGAAAAUAAGGCAUAAAAUAAAAAAAUAAAAGCAAAAAUGAACAUAGUUUUAAUGGAACGUGAACAGAGUAAAAUGUGAAAGAUAUUAACUUUUUUUUGUUGUUUUGUCAUUUAACAUUGAACCUUCUAUUACUGUCAUUCAAAAUCGCCCAUUUAUGUCAUUUUAUUUCUUUUCGAACAAGAUUAAAAAUAUUUUAUUUAAAAUUCACAAGUUGAACCCUGGUGCUUCAAUGCUUGUGUUUGCCUUGAAGUUUAAUAAUAAUAAUAAUAAUAAUAAUAAUAAUAAUAAUAAUAAUAAUAAUAAUUAGAGAUGCACUGAUACUAAAUUUCUCAGCCGAAUGCGAGACUCCUGCUUGGUGUACCUUUUAAUGAAGAAUCACAAGACCUCUUUUAUCUGAGAACAGUGCAAUUGAUUUGAAACGCUGCCAAAUGAGUCUGUUGCAGAGGAACUCGCCGAACCUGAGCUGUGCAUUACUGGACAAAAAUGUGAGAUCAAUAAAGAGUGAAAGAUUGUGAUGUCUUCAAUCAGAUCUGAUGUAUUAACAUUGCACGUGCAGGGUAUCUAUAAAAAACGUUUUUCAGUGUUACGUAAGCUCACAUUUCAGUGUGUCCCCAUUAAGUGUGUCAAAGUCCACUGAAACAGCAGAGUAAGUGAUAAUCACAGCGAGCUCACUGUUCAAUAAGACCUUGUGUGUUUGUUUGAAUGAAAGUUACACACUGUUUUGAAGCGUCCAGUUCUAUUGGUCUUUUUGUUCAGUACGACAUGCCAUAUUACAAAAUACAGUCCGUACAGGAUGUUUGUUUGUUUAUUUUUUAUUGUUGUGGCCAAAAAUGCUUGAUUUUGCUGUAGCUUUUUUUUCCCUCAAAAUUUGUGAUGCAUUUUGUGGAAUUUUUGUGCUAAAUCUUUUGCUCUAACCUACUUGAAUUUGCGAAAUUAUCUUAAAUUACACUAUAUACGUGUAAACUGCACGAAAUUGUCUUUCGCACUCAUGUUUGUUGGUAAAUGAGACCUUUUAGCUGUACUCAUGUUCCAUGCACGUGAAUCGAAGCGGGAUUUGGCUGACUGCGCGUUGUGAUGACGUCACGUGACGCAUCUCGGCUCAAAUCCGUGGCCAUUUUGAAAAAUUGAACGCUCCUCCGAAUAUUGUAGAGUUUCUUUGAUUUUGCUUUCAUUUCUGUAAUCGCACAAUCGCAAAAUCCUGGAGGGACUGAAAAUCAUUAUCUAAUCUAACAUUAACGACUCAUUAACUACUUAUUCAUUAAUAAAUCAUCAUUAACAACAAUAAAGUAACAACUAAGGAAUAAAACACUUGUGGAGUGCUGUUAUUAGAAAAUAAUCAGCAAUGGGUUGAGUGAUGCAGUUAGACAUUAAGGGGAGUUACUAAUAACCACAUCAAUAGAUUAACACAUUGAUAAUUUUCCUAUAACAGCAUGUUCUGAAGUGUUUUAUGCUUUACUUUUUUACUUUGUGAAUAUAAUAAUGUACACACUCUCUAGUAUUAAUGUCUAGUUCUUGGUUUUUUGUCCUCUCUGGUGUAGUGAAUGAGAGACUUUUAAACUCUUCUAAUCUCUAAAUGUAGCUGAGGCACUUUUGUUAGGGUGCAGACUUUAAAGGUGCAGUUUGUGUUUUUUAAAAGUGUUUCUAGACUUGUAAUAAGUAUAUAAUUUCAUAGAAACAUUAGCAAAACUGUGAUUUGUAGUAUUGCCAUGCAAUAGAGUUGGCUGGUUUGCUCAGUUCAGACUUUUCUGGCCCUGAAAUCAGCUCCACCUCCAAAUUGAACAUGGCUGCUCAGCUCCAACCCUAUUCUUUUAAAGGCACUUCUCGAGACAUUUGUAGUUUCAACAGAAAAAGGUUUGUCACUUAACAAACUGCUCCUUUAAUUUGAGGCCGUACUGUGUUUACAAUUUCUUUUCAGUGAAACACUACAUUUGAUAUACGUGUAGAUUUUUUUUUUGUUUUAAUUCAUCCAGAGCCAGAACCAUUUUCUAAAAUCACACCACUAACACACCAUGUUAAUCCUAAUUAUUAUUAAAGGCUUUCAUGAUGACUCGUAAGCAUAAUGUGUAAAGCUUUGCAUCAGAAUAAUUAAUGUUGUGUUUUCAGUCUGGAUUUGAGCUCAGAUUUUCAAAGCAUUAAAAGAACGCUCAGGAUCAUUUUAAAACCUCAACCUAAGAUCCGUUUAAACAGAAAUUUGUCACGCAAGUGAUAACACUACUUUACAAAGCUUUACCCUGUACUGGUGUUUGUUUCAUUUUCAAAACAACGCAUGUUGGUUUGUUCUGCAGCUUUGUGAUCAAAUUCGGAGAAAUAAAUCACAGAGCGAAACCAGCGCAAAGUGAUGAAGCACAAUAAACCAGACAGAAAUGCAAUAUUAUUAGUAUUAUUAAGAUUAUUAUUGAUAUUUAAUGGGGAUGUUGUAAUCUGUAGAUUAUUAAAGCAAAUAAAUUAUGUUUAAAAAUGUG